AUGAUCAUCUUUGCGCUCUACUGCUGCCUCAUCAACCUGUGUUCCCAUGUUCUGAGCAAUGCCAUCGAGACUCGAGACCUACCGCUCCCGCGUCAGUUCAAGAUUGCCAGUAAGUCGACUGUCUGCAAGCCAAGUCGAACCUCGGCCCCAUUCACAUUUGGCAAAAGUAGCGCGAGCCCGUUUGAGAUACAGCUCAUCAUGAAGAAGCAACGUGACAGUGCUACGGGUCAGCUCGUGUGGGAGCCAGAGUCCACUGGAGCCGGAAUUGCGUUUGACUUUGCUGGCGCUGUUCUUCCGGGGAAGCCAGGCCCAAAAGGAACUUCGAUUGACGUUACCAUCACGCUCAGAGACUUUGCAGGGUUGGACGCCGAGCUACAAAAAUGUCCUCUGGCUAAGUCCGACGAACGCUGUCAACCUGACUUGAUCGGCCAGCCUAAAGAACUCACGCUCUGCUCGCCGGGUAUCGAAUUUGAUGCGACUGUGACAGAUUUGGCGGCAGAUCAAGCUAAGCUCUGGGCAUAUUCGCGUUCGUUGCUAUACUCGUGCCAGGGAGCAAUCUGCGACAAGACGAGCACCAAUCCAAACGCACACGCUCUUAUUCUCAACCGUCCGGCACUGUCCGAAUCGCCUAUCAUCCUCACGUUCGCAGCCAUCGCGCCGAAGGAGCCUGGAAAGGAUUGGGAUAUCUUUCUGGAUGACGGUAUCGUGGGCCGCGGCUUCACGCUUCACCGAUACAACUGGGACCAGACGACCGCCAGCUUCGUGAUACCCAGCCUGAAUUUAGAUGCUAUGCCAGACAACCUGGAAUGGAUGGCAUGGCGCGACUGCUGCGACGCUUACGCGAAACUCAGAUUCAAGAUCACCGGCAACACGGGACGUAUCUCAAUACUGAGCUCAGACGUCGUCAUCUUCUGUGUUCCGCGAGGAGAUCCGGAUCAUCACCAAGACUGUCCAGCCGCACAAUGGGACCUGAUUACGCCGCAAGCGCGAAGCGUAUGCGAAGCUCAGGCGAUGUUUACGCCCAUCCAUGUCGAAGAAUGACAACGACCAAUGCAUGAUCUCGUUCGAAGUUGCGCCGUUGCGUCUGAUCCCCUGCACUCGCGUCGUGCAAACCGAUUGUCACUCGCGAUCACUUCGCACGGCACGACAAAAUCCAGCACUCAUGCAGCUUGUUUUUCUCGCUCAGAGCAUCCGUGCCGUCUUCGCGGCAACGAUCAAUGCCGCCUACACUGUCGGUGUAGACGGGUGGCCCACCUCUGCCGAGUGGGCUAUAGAUUGUGCAUGGUAGCCCUCUGUUUACUUCACCCAACCUCGACAACUGCAAAAACCCGUGUUCGACACAAGGUGCGAUGUCGAUGACGAUACAUUCAUGCUGGAAUACUGGGCAAUCGGCACACUUGCGAACGGUCAAAUCUCGAAGAGAUUGACCCUGCAAAGGUACCG